AUGUCACGCAAGACCGCUGCACGACCGGCAUUACACGGAGGCCGCUACUUGUUUUCUAAAGGCGGAAUUUGGUAUGAGUGGCGCUGCGGCUUGUCUGAAAGAGCGCGCUGCUGCUGCAACACGAAAAUCCGUGCAUGCGACACCGGGGUAUCGUUUCCGAUUGGCAAAGUCUCAUUACCUCCUGCGGCGGGCACACCCGUGGACACGCGAGACGCAGCACUACACGCUUACGUGUAUCAGUUUGAGAUCCGGGCAGGCCUGCGGAAAUGUGGCGUUCGGCACAUUGCUACCAACAAGAGCAGCUCGUGCGCCUCCGGCGAGGCCUCACGCGACGCGAUUGCAGGCGGCCCAGUGACGGUCAGAGUGCUUUUGCAUCGCGAUGGGUACUUCGAGCGCAAGCUGGUUGGCGCCAGCAGCUCCGUCAGCUCCACGCGUCAAACUCACGCUGCUGGGGUCUACGAGCUUUCUAGAAGAAGAACGCGGAAGUUUGCUAGAGUCCUGGGGGCACUAGGGAAGGAACGUGACCGCCAGAUGCGCGUACGUGUCAGAGAGCCGAGCGUCACAGGUCCCAGGCUUUCAGAGAAGCGCUGUAGAACAGUGAGGUUGAUCUUCUGGUCAGGAGAAAGUAAGACAGACGGUGACGCCGGAAAAGGCAAGAAGCCAAUGAAGCCUGGCGCGCGAGAGUACAGAAAACGGCAGACAAAAGGCGACAAAGCAGCCAACAAGUUUCGUGCACGUGGGGCGAAAUGCUUCAAUGCAGCGUCAACCGUGGUGGGCUUUGAAAGCAUUAUUAGACGAAGCAAAGCGGAAUGCUCUGCGACGUCACACACCUGGCGAGGAUGGAGCCGCUCCGGCGUCUGCGCUAAAUCCUACCUGCGGCAGAACCACCGUCGCCGCGCAGCCGCGGUAGGCACGAGCGCCUGCGGUGCUAAGGCUUCAACAGGUAAGGUGCACGGAUGCACGGCAUAA